ACGCUAAUUAGCAAGCUGCUAUCAGGCGAGCAGUUUUAUCCCGAACCCUAGUUCCCUUCAUCUCUCUGCCAUUAAUGAUGUAUGUGAGUUCACUACGCCUUCGCAUGUUGGCUCAUUCAUCUAUCUAUAUAGGACUUACAACCCCUUCCUGAUGGCGCUCGCGCCUUUCCAGCGGUUAUCAUAGCAAAUGAAAUUUCGCGCAGUCGUCAAAAUUGCGGGGCUAUUUUCUUCAGACGGUCUGAAAGAAGCCGAGCACACUCCGUUGAACGCACCAGAACAAGCCCCCGACUACCUUGCGAUAUUGACCCAUCCUGGAGUACCUCCUCGUCGCCUGGAUCUCAAAGAGAACUGUAUUCAACGAAACAUGAUUUCGGUUGAAAAUGGAUUGGUCAGAAACGCGCGCGUGCGCGUGAUCAUCGCGCUGCAUCCGAGUCGUCGGUUCGUCGAAGUCCAACUUGAACUCCUUUUGAAUGCAUUCGAAAGUCACUGCAUCCCCCGCAUCGACUUUGCGUUCCAUCCGAACCGUUCGUCGUGGACAGUGAAUCGGAGACAGUUUCCUCUGCGACCCGCGUAUGCAACUACAUUUAAUGGUUGUCAAGGUUUGACGCUAGCACUGCUCGACUUCCGGACGGAUCCCUCUGCUCACGGUCAAUAG